AUGAUGGUGAUCCGGCCAGAGGACUCCAGUGAGACAGAACACAUGGAUCAGAUGGACCAGAGCGUGAUCAUACACACAUGCAGUGAAACACACUGGGUCUGUCCUCGUGUGAAUCUUGAGCUAAACUCGCACAGAUCAGAGAUUCAUGGUUUGAAGCUCACCGGAGAGUCUUCUGCUCUAUAUCUCCUGAAAGGCUGUGAUAUCGGCGAGAGGCAGCGUGUGCUGGUCACGGAGGACUCCUUCGAUUCGCAGUACUACGUCGCUCACAACAAGUUCUACGAGCAGGUUCUGGUACCCAAGAAGCCAGAGUUCAAAGGGAAGAUGAUCGAGGUGGACAUAUACGAGGCUGGGAAGCACUACAUGAAGGGCCGGCCGGUGGAGGACGCGCGGGUCUUCACUCCCUCCAUCGCUCAGCCUCUUCAGAAGGGACAGGUGUCUGGACUCCCUCAGGAGCUGAAGGCGACCCAUCAGAACGGUGCCUGUGCUUCGGUGGCUUCCUCUGCGCUCGUGGGACAGUCCUGGAGGUUUGACGGUGAUGGACUCAAGCUGCUGUCAUUGGGACUCGCUCUGGCUGCUGUAAUCGUGGCUCUUGUGAUUGAGAAGCUCCACUGACGCAGUAAAGUCAACUCAACGUGUCGGCCUUAUAGAGUGAGCAGCGACCCGAGAACUUAAACCUGUGCUCAAAUAUAACGUCUUGUGUUUUAAGGUCAAAUAAAUGUAAAUGAGGCUGGAUGGUUUGGGACAUUUCGUUUUUUAACUGCUAAUUAAAGACUGUGUUUAAAUUUUAAAGGCUGAAACCUAUUUUGCUUGCUAGUGACGCCAUCCAUUGUGACGUUUUAGAAAAGCUUUCUUUUUUGUGAAGUGCUUUUUUUGUUUGUAGAAAUCGAAGCCUCUUUGCCUAUGAACGAGGACAGCUUGAAUGCGUUUUUGGCUUUCUGUUCAUUUUCAAUCCCAGCAGUCAUUCAUUCUCAGGCCAGGUGUCUCACUGUUGGCUUUGGGCUAAGAGCAGCAGACUCUUCCCGUCUUUGUUCUCAGCAUAAAGCACGUCUAAUAAAUGAGACUCCACACUCUCA